GUUGUUGUUGUUGUCGUCAUCCAGUGAUGCUGCGUAUGGACACAGGGCAGUAGUCGAGAAAACUUCUUUUCGUUCUAUAUAUUAUUACGACGGGCCAUCGACAGAUGCUCCAGACAAGAUGCUCUGCCGUCGCCGUUAAGUGGCACAAGAAAGGAUACAAGAGUGCGAAGUUAGGCUAGUUCGUUGAGCAACAUUCUGAGAAAAACAGUGUAGCAAUAGGACCAACGAAAGACUAAACCAACACAAGCUCAUGGUGUUUUGUAUUUCACUGGUACUGUAGCUGGGUUAUUUUUCUCGCAAGAUAAUGACAAUAGUUCCCGGGCACAUCAUGCUCCAAGUUAUAUGGCUUGGGGUGGAUGAGCAAAAAAGACUGGCAGAAGAAGCGGUGAGAAGGCUCAACACACAGAAGAUGUCUUCCUCAAACCCUCAUUUAAGUGCCGUUGUUUGCCACCGGCUACACACAAAAAACACCAUGUUCUGUGUGUGAAUUUUUCAGUAAGUAAUCUUCAAAUGAUCUAUUGGAUGAAAAAAAAUAAUUUAGGGCUAUAUUUACUUCACUAAAAUUUCACUCUAAGCAAUAGUAGAGCGUCCUUUUCAGUGCAAACUUGACACACAACUCAACAAGGUGGCAGUUUUCGAGACGAGUCGGUGCUCCGCUCGAGACGCUAUGCCAGUGCUUAUCUUUCUCCAACGCUGCGCUGGUGCAUUGUCAAAACAAAACAUAGUAAGCUUCGCUCUACGAAGACGUUUUGCGGUAAGCGCGAAGUACGGAAUCGCCUUCAGUGUAGGCUCGAAAUACAUAAGGAAAUCGAUGGAUCACUGACACCAUCGCACAGUACUUGAUGCAACUCGAGAUUCAAGAAUUCCACUUUGAAUGAAUGAGGGCCGAUAAUGUUUUGUUCUGCUCGACCACACAUCCCUUGUCAGCGGUCGUAUCUUCCCCGACGUUCUUCGCAGGUGAGCUGUGGGGAGUGAUGAGAACUGCUUACAAUGCUGUGCUUCUGUCCCUGAUUGUGGGAGUCAUGGCACGAGAGCAGUUCCCGCUACUGCGACACAGAAGAGACACUACGGCGACGACGCCCACGCAACUGGAAAGCACCGAGCCCCAGGACGUGAGGCACGUCAAGGAAGGCGACGUCGCCUCGUUCACCUGCGCCGCAGCCAGCCACGAGCCGAUGCGCGUCGAGUGGCGACACAACGGCAGCCUCGUCCGGCACCAGCCUGCCGCGGUCGACGAGGCAAACUCUUCGCGCACCAAGACCUCCCUGCGCGUGUGGCACGCGCCCCUCAGUCCCGAGUCCGGGGCGACGCUGACCCGCAGCCGGCUUCGGCUGACCAACGUGUCGGCCAACCAUUCGGGCGUGUACGCCUGUCACUUCAGCGACGGCCUGGGCACACUGGCACGCAGCAGCCGUCUCGUCGUCCAGCCCAAGGCAUCUAACGGGACCGGGCCUAAAGACAGUCAGUGUGGCUCCGAGGCGCAAUGCUCGAACAAGGGCGAAGUGUGCGACGGCAAAGAUUCCUGCCGCUGUCCCGAUGGUUCAAUCUCGAAAGAAGGGUCGUGCCCAGAACUUUACAGCGGUCCCCACUUGGCGAGCAUUUUGGCCUGGGUCUCGAGUGCUGCUGCAGCAGCCGUCCUGCUAGCGGCGCUUGCUGUGCUGGCGACGCGCAGGAUACGCAGAACGGCUGGAUCCACUCUUCUCGCGAAUGUCCCGGACGAUGACGGCUUGGAGCAGAAUGCGUCAAGGAGGAGCUCCUUUAUCACCAUGACGUUACCAGCACCCUCUGAACUAGCAUAAUUAAAUAUUUCACCCCUUG